AUGAAAAAUACUGGUUCAAAAUGGAUUGGUCCCAAUGGAUUUCUUAGCUCCAGUCGUGCUAUAAUUCCUCAAGAAGCAGUUCAUUUCAUCAAAAAAGAAGCCAAAAGAGUGAUUGAGAACAAACAGGGAACAAAAGCGGUGAGAAAUACAAAUAUCGAAUCGAAAUCAGCUUACCAACAGAAUCCAGAUUUCAAAUCUAGCCGAAUUUCUAUUUAUCCACUUCAUAUAGCUAAUCAUUAUUUGAAAUUAUCCAAAGAAAACGAAAAAUAUUUCUACGAUCGUUUCAAAAAAAAACUAAACGAUUCAAAGGAAACGUCAUUUUCGCAUGAAGUGAGUGAUAAAGAAGGGAUACAUGAAUCAAAUGAUACGAUAUCACCAAAUGGUAAAUUUAAUCGGGCUUAUAUAUUAUCAACAACCCAUGAUUUUGGCGUGAAAGAAUCACCAUCCAAUUAUCAACUUCAAUUAGCAAAUACAACUGAGGAACUUCUUAAAAUGCAAGAGAAUUCAUCGAUCUCGUCAAAUGACACCGCAAAAAAGGAAUCGAGUCAUGAAGUGGGAAGAGAAAUAAAAUCGAUUAAUGAAUUUCAAUCAGAAAAUAGUUAUACAGCAAUCGCUGAAAAGAAAAAGCAGGAAAAAAUACCAUAUUUAAACAGUCUUCCAACGCCAAGCCGCUGUCCGCCUCUUGAUCCAUUGCAACAUUCAUCGAAACAUAUUAACACGGACGAAAAUUGCGGACAAAGUUUAGAGGGUUGGACAAAAGAUCCUCAAUGUGUUUGUGUAUAUUUUGUAGCUGAAUAUAAUAAUGAGGGUUGUCCAAUUAAAUUUCACACGCUAUGUUAUCGACCCAUCGAUCAGAAAACUGAUUACAAAACUGAAGGUCUACAAAUAUCUGAAAAAUCUUUUGGACAAAACAUCGAAACAGAUUCCAGUGGACAAAGAGAAAAGAUCGGUAAUUAUGAUCACCAAUCGACAAUUGCCUAUAAAUUGUUAAACGAAAAGCGAGAAUCGGAAAUGAUGGAGAGAUCACGGAUAGAGGGUGAUAAGAAACUCAAUCAAACAGUUCCAAUAGAUCAAGAAGCUGAAUCAAAAGAAUCUGAAUCAAAGGGAGGAGCGGAAUCGACAUCUGAAACUUUUAACAUAAAUGAAUUCAACAAAAGGAGCAAUGAAACGUUGGAAUCUUCGGAGCAAAUUUAG